AUGGAGAGGUACUCCGGGGCGACGGCUGCAUUGUCUGUCAUCUUCAUGGCUCGGCUCUUUCUCACCGUGAGCUCGCUGGAGAACCGGACUUCCACCCCUCUGGCGCCGGCGCUCAUAGCUUUCGGGGAUUCGAUAGUGGAUCCUGGGAAUAACAAUGUGCUGACGACUGUCGUCAAGUGCAACUUUCCUCCAUACGGCCAGGACUUCGUCGGGAGUACGCCUACUGGAAGGUUUUGCAAUGGGAAGAUACCCACGGAUUUCCUAGGUAUCUUAUACCCCUGAAAAUCAUGUUCUUCACGUAAUAUGGACUGCUGUUAAAAGUCCAACUUGUACUGCAUACCUUAGCUUAAAGCUGAAGUUAGGCUCCUCUCUCUCUCUCUCUCUCCCUAAAAUGGUUUUUGAGAUGCGAUAUUACUCAAGAAAUUCCAUUUCUUGUCCAAUAAUUAUAAGCGAAAAACGUCAUUUAUUUGUCUGCCAUUUACACCCGUACAUAUGUAUAUGCCUGCCUUUUUCUUUCCUCCCUUUCUUUCUUUCUUCAUUAACCAAGGAAUCGCUAACCCUAGCACACCGGCAGCUGCCAAGAUGGGCAUCAAGGAGUACUUGCCACCCUACUUGGGCAGCGAUCUCACUCCAGAAGACAUCCUCACCGGCGUCAGCUUCGCCUCCGGCGGGACCGGCUUUGAUCCCCUCACUUCCAAACUGGUGGUACGUGCGAGGCCUUCUCCCUACUAGCCGACCAACGUUUCUAUCCUUCAUCCCGCUCCUCUCUCUCUAUCACUUUCUCUCUUACUCUCUCUUUUCGCAGUCGGUCCUGUCCAUGCCGGACCAGCUGGAGCUGUUCAAGAAGUACGCGAGCCAGGUGAGGGACAUCGCUGGAGCGGAGAAGGGCGACGCCAUCCUCGCGGAAGCCAUCUACGCCAUCGCCGCUGGGAACGAUGAUAUCGCCAACACCUACUUCUCGACCCCCUUCCGGCGAUCCCUCUUCGAUAUCCCUUCCUACGUAAACAUGAUCGCGAGCUAUGCCUCUGCCUUCGUCGAGGUUAGAACAGCACGGAUCCCUCCUCGACUCUUCUCAAACCUGAGAUAAAACCAACCUUGAAUUGAACUCCUUGUUGCGGCCGAGUUCAGGAGUUGAUAAACCUGGGGGCGCGGCGGAUCGGUUUCGUGAGCCUCCCUCCGCUAGGGUGCCUUCCGUCUCAGAGGACCCUAGGAGGGGGGAUCGCGAGGGCCUGCGAUCCAAUACGGAACCAGGCCGCGAUGCUGUUCAACUCCAAGAUGGCCGAGGUGAUGCGCAGUCUCUCAGAGAAGUAUCCUGGCCGGAAAGUCGUCAUCCUCGACAUCUAUACUUCCUUGCUUGAUAUGAUCGAACGACCCUCCAGCUACGGUAACUCCUCCCUCUCACAACCUGAUUAGGGAUUGCGUUGUACUCUCUCUCUCUCUCUGACCCCGAGAUUGCAGGGUUUGUGGAGUCGACUAAGGGGUGCUGCGGGACUGGGACGAUCGAGGUCACUCUGCUGUGCAACCCUCUUACCCCGAUCACCUGCGGGGACGACUCAAAGUACGUCUUCUGGGACAGCUUCCAUCCCACCGAACGGGCCUACGAGGUCCUAAGCGACCUCCUCCUCCGUCGCUACCAGCGAGAACUCCAGUGA